CGGUGUGCCCCGUCCAGCCCCGGCGUGCCCCGUCCAGCCCCGGCGCGGGAAGCGGCGGGGCCCGGCCCGGAAGAGGCGGGAUCGCGGCGGCGGCUCCGACGGCUGAGGCGCGUUUUCAGAAUGACUUCCUUGGCUGACAUGCCCCCAAAUUAUGAGAUGAUGUUUGCUCAUCGGUUCACGUCGGAUGAUGAAGAAUACCAAGAGUAUCUAAAACGCCCUGCAGAUCCUCCUCCUAUAGUUGAAGAAUGGAGAAACAGAUCUGGUGGCAACCAGAGAAACAGAGAUCGGUUCCAAGAUGGCAGAUACUUUAGAGGGGACAGAUACAACUGGCAAGGUGACUACAGAUCUAAUCAGAGGCCAGAUAGAGGCUGGGGUAACAACUACCAGCAGCACAGACAAGGACAAUCCUACUCUUCCCACUACGGACAGUAUGGCUACAACUCCUACAACCCAGGGCCUCGUUACCAUCCCUACUGAAAUCCCUGUGGGUUCAAAGUCCAGUGAUGCUAUGUAACAAAUUCAGUUAGAUUUUAGUUUUCUUAUUUUUUCCACUGUUUUAUAGUUAACUGAAGAAUCAGUGUUACAGUGCAGUGCUGUUCUUCUGUCGUGUGAAAUGAAAAAGGGAACUCCUUUUAUGAAUAGUAAAAGCAUAUUAUAUGGGGUUUGUUUAGAGUCUGUAGAUUUUAGAUUAAAUUUUUAACUCCUUCUUUUGUCUGAAUAUGUAUUGUGCACGUUUUUUCUUCCAUCACUGAGAUUUCUUUGUAACAUUUUAGAAACCAAAACAGGUGAGGGAAGGGCAAUAUAGCUGUGGCUUGUAUGCAGCCUGUAGCAGUGGCAUAUUGCCUUAAGAUAGCUCUUUUUGAAACUAACAUACUGUGUGAAGAGAAUUUAUUUGUUUGGCUUUUGACAGUGAGAAGCUCAGUUUAGUUUGAAUUUCAGAUGCCUUAAAACUGAGAAGAGAGAUCCUAUUAAUGAAGUAUUUUAUGGGGUUGGCAUAGUGUCUGUUGACUCAAUGGCUUCAAUGCAAUUGCAGUAUUCUUAAAACGUGGUCUAAAAGUUGGGUGAAAAAUAAGUAGUUAAAUAUGUAUCUUCUUGUAGCGGUUCAGUGAUAUAAAACUUUUACCUGACAAAUAAUAUCAAACUUAGAUUAGCCUGUGUCAUUUUCAAAUAAAUUCAGUGUGUGCGUAAUAAAUUUUGGAAUUCCCAUUUCAGUAAAACUUUAAAACUUCAAUGCUACUGUAGUUUGUAUGGAAUACUUUGUGCAGGUUAUAGAAAAAAAGAACUAUGAUCAGUACUGGUCUGUACUUUUUUCUGUAUGGGAAAAUAGCAUAAACAGUGCAGAGUGUUACUCAGUUCUUAGAAUUUAAGAUUUAUGGGGUUUUUUAAGUAGUCACGCAAUAAAAGCAUAGUUCACAUGUAA